UUAUGUGCAUUAUUGAAUGUUUUAUAUGCCUUCCACUCCAUUCAUUAGUUGCCUAAUUUGGGUUAACUGCUGGGCGUACAGUCCCUGGAUUUCCAAAUACAAUAUUGCAUCAACUUGUGUUUUUUUUUUUUUUGGAUUUGGGGGAAAGAGAUUUGAAUUUUACUCUUUAAAUAGGAAGAACAUGCACCAACCAAUGAGGUAAAAGUUUGGGUGUUAUUGCAUCAACUUGUUUAGUUACUUUUAAGUUCAAUAUUGAUAAUUAUUAGUGGAAUUUAGAUUCAGCAUCCGUUCCAUAUUUUCUCUUGGUGUAGUACAAAAGAAAAAGAAACCAGUCCUUCAGGCCUCUCUGUAGUUGUGUUCCUGGCUAUAAGGUAAUUGUUUGCUUUAGGGUUUUUCUUCUUGUAGACUUAGGGUUCAAUGCAAGAUUGGAGGCAGAAUGUAGGAAAUGAUAUGUAAAUGAUUAGAUUUCACCGUCUAAUGGUUGAAGCAAGCUUGUUUGAGGUUUUUAAAAGCGGAGAAUAGAGCCAUGUUCUUCAUCCCUCCCCCUUCAAACUUGAGUUAUACCUUUUGUUAGCUAGGCCGAACUUGGUCCAUACGCUAUUGGGUCUAGAGAGCCCAACAAAGUGAUAAUUUUGAGUUUGUCCCAAAUUAAUAACAAUUAAAUUAAAAACCCAUUAUAUUAUUAUAAAUUUAUAUUAUCCAGUGUAUUACUUGGCACUUGAAGCAGAUUUUAAUCCAUUAAAAUUAACAAAAUAUCGUAAUUGCCUUAACCCUUUCACUACUUUCACAUGUUUAUUUCAUAAGAAAGGCAAAAUAUAAUAAAGUUUGACCAAAAAUUAAAAAAAAAAGGCCCUUAAAUUUGAUACGUUAAGUUUCAUGCAUUACUUGGAAAUGGACAUUGACAGCUACUUACUUUGUCUCUAAACUACAUAAUAUCUUCAUGAUAACAUAAUGACAUAAACAAUUCUUUUUUUUUUUUUUGCAUGAAAUUGGGACACUAAAAAUAAAAUAAAAAUACAAAUAAAAAAUUAAAUACAAAAAAUCCAAAAUUGUAUUUAUAUAACAUUAAUAGUAUUAAAGUAUAAUAAAUAACAGCAUUUUAUUAGGAGUCAGUCAUAAAUCCACCUUCUAUGUAUAGCCAUGGAAUGUGCUAUAAUAGCAUAUAUAUAUUUUAUUUUUCUUUUUAAAUAUUUUAUUCUCUUACAAUUCCUAUAAUUUUAUAAUUUUUUUGUAUUAAAAAUUUUUUUUAAUAUGAAAUACAUUUGGAUCAAACCUUUUUUUUUAAAAAAAAAUUGUGAAAGUUAAAUAAAAUGAGACAAAGGAAAUGUAAUUUAUUCUAUUGGAAAAUAUACUUAAUCCUUUUAUUUAUUUAUACCUACUACGGUUAGUCUGUAUUACCGUUUACCAGCUGUCUGAAACAUAUAAUCUCUUCCAUUAUUAUAAAUAGUGCCAAGAUGACUUCCGAAGCUCUCCUUCUUCUUGAUGCAGAUUUGCUGAUCUAAGCUUAAAUCUUUAGAUAUAUUGGUUUACUUUCCUUUGCAUAAAACCCAAUCUCCAACUCUGCAUUCAAUUCUUCAUUACCCAUUUUCCGUCUUCUUUCAUGUGAGAAGAUUCAGCUACUCAAACCCAAACCAACAUAUUUCCACAAUUUCCCUCUAAAUCUGUUUUCCAAGUAGAUAUUGUUAUAUGGGAUCUGUUUCUGUUGGGUGUUUGAGUUAAGCAGGAGCAAAUCAUUUGGGUCUGGUGACUAGUCGGGAAAUGUCUGAGUCUCAGAACAGUUCGAAGCAAGCAGGUUGCUGCUCGUCAUCAACAACUUCUUCGGCUGUUUCAGCGGAGCUUAAGCUUUAUCAAGCUUUCAUCUUCUCUGUCCCAAUUUUCUUUGCUUUUAUUCUCCUCUUCAUGUUCUAUUUGUUCUAUCUUCGCCGCCGGAGAGUGGAUUGGUCAUCUCUUAGGAUGAGAACCGCCUUAGACAACAACAAUGACCUCUAUAUGGCUGAAUUGGGCCUCAAGAAAGAAGUAAGAGAGAUGCUUCCCAUUAUUAUAUACAAGGAGACCUUCUCUAUCAGAGAUACACAAUGCUCAGUUUGCCUUGGGGACUACCAAGCAGAGGAUAAACUUCAGCAGAUUCCUGCUUGUGGCCAUACAUUUCACAUGGACUGUAUUGAUCAUUGGCUUGCCAACCACACCACCUGUCCACUCUGCCGUCUUUCUGUCCUUGCUUCUCCUAAAGCUUCUGAUAAAUUGCCUCUUAUUCAAGCUGAAAACGAGCAGGAGUCAUCUCAUCCAGAGAAUAGUAAUGGAUCAUCUGUUCAACCAAUGUCCCAAAGUUGUGAAGAAACACAAGAUGUACAGCCUUCUGAGCCAACUGUUGGAGAUGCAAGAAUUCUCCAACACAACAGCGAAGAACAGGAUUGUGUGGAUCAAGGAAGAGAGUUUAGAAAUACAAGGAAUGAAACCAGAGAGCAUGAGGGCAGCAGAGGAAUAUCUGUUGGUAGCUUGAUAUUUUGCAUGAACUAAGACCAUCAAGUUCAACAGUGUGGUGACUCCAUAUGGCAUCGUAUAUACCAUUUUUCAAGAUGCAAAGGAGUCAUCAGAAGUGUCUGACACAACGAACUCCUGUGAGGAUUCCGACUGAAUAGUCCUUUUAACAGGACUAAAGCCUAAAGAAAUCAUCAGAUGCUUCUUUUGACAUUGGCGUCCUCAGGAUGUUGGCUAAACAAAGUAUCACCAAGCUGAUGCUUCUUUUGACAUUCACAUCCCUAGGCUUUAUGCAACUGCUUAGAGCUAAGGAUUCCAUGGGAAAAAGAAUGUCUGUCCACUUCACAUGGUGUUAGUUUUAUUUGUGUUUCUAGAUAUCAUACUUUGUUGGAAAACUGCAGCAGAUAUAAGUUAGAUUCUGUAAGAGAGUGUCUUCUACGGUUGGAACCUUAUGUUUGACUGGAGCAAAGGAAAUGAAUGCCUUCCCUUUGCUCUUGGGUUAUUAGGAGGAAGAGAGAUCUCUGACUUUAUUUUCCUGCAAACUUAUGAAAGUUGGUAAUAAGCUUCCUUUCCAUUUCUUUGUCUAAUUAAUCUGUAUAGAAUAUUUUUAGAAAGGGAAGUGUUCACAUUUGUUUCUCCAAUAUGCUGUGCGUCAUAUUUUAAAUGAGUUAUGCGAAUGUAAGUUGAAUUGGUUCUUCUAUUAUUUCAGUUAAGCUGAUUUAAUCCC